AUGGUUCACCACAAAGCUGUUAUUAUUGGUUCCGGUCCAGCUGCUCACACUGCUGCCAUCUAUCUAGCAAGAGCUGAAAUUCCUCCAACUCUAUAUGAAGGUAUGUUUGCUAACGGUAUUGCUGCUGGUGGUCAAUUAACCACAACCACUGAAAUUGAAAAUUUCCCAGGUUUCCCAGAUGCGUUAACCGGUAGUGAGUUAGUCGAAAGAAUGAAACAACAGUCUACUAAAUUCGGUACCACUGUUGUCACCGAAACUGUUUCAAAGGUCGAUUUAUCUUCAAGACCAUUCAAAUUAUGGACUGAAUUCAAUGAAGACGCUGAGCCAGUCACCACCGAUGCUUUGAUUUUAGCUACCGGUGCUUCCGCUAAGAGAAUGCACGUUCCAGGUGAAGAUACUUACUGGCAAAAGGGUAUCUCUGCAUGUGCUGUCUGUGACGGUGCCGUCCCAAUCUUCAGAAACAAGCCUUUGGCUGUUGUCGGUGGUGGUGAUUCUGCUUGUGAAGAAGCUGAAUUCUUAACAAAAUACGGUUCAAAAGUUUUCCUAUUAGUUAGAAAAGAUCACUUAAGAGCCUCUACCAUCAUGCAAAGAAGAGUUGAAAAGAACCCAAAGAUUGAAAUCUUAUACAACACUGAAUUGAAGGAAGCUAAAGGUGACGGUAAGGCAUUGCAAUCAUUAGCUAUUUUCAAUAACAAGGAAAAUACCAAUUCCGAUUUACCUGUCAAUGGUUUAUUCUACGCCAUUGGUCACACCCCAGCCACAGCUAUCGUCAAGGGCCAAGUCGACCAAGACGAAGUUGGUUACAUCAAGACUGUCCCAGGCACUUCUUUAACAUCUGUUAAGGGUGUCUUCGCUGCUGGUGAUGUCCAAGACUCAAGAUAUAGACAAGCUAUCACUUCUGCAGGUUCAGGUUGUAUGGCUGCCUUGGAUGCCGAAAAAUACUUGCAAGAGUUAGACGAAUAG